AUGGCAGAGCCCCCCGCAAAACGAGCGAGACGAGUCGAUAGCUCGACAAUGUGGGACAUAGACGAUCGAAAAACGCGUUCUCCUGAGCCGGACUCAGAUAUUGGCAGAAGCCCUAGGCGUGAGCUUCCACAUCAGAAGGACGAUCGGCGGCGUGACGGGCCCCGUGAUGACAGAAGAUACCGUUCGCGCUCAAGAGAUAGAGUUGAAAGGCGCCGAGAAAGGAGCAGGUCUCGAGACCGACGUGACCGUGACCGUGACCGCGAUCGCGAUAGGAGGGAUCGGGAUAGGGAAGGUCGGGGAGCUAGGGACAGAGAGAGAAGCGCGAGCCGAGAAAGACAUUACGAUAGACGAGGGUACCGAGACAGAUACCGCGACCGCUCCCGCUCACCUGUUCGAAGUGGGAAUAAGGACAGGACUAGAACACCACCACCACCACCGCGAGGGCCCAAGGGAGAUCGCAGAGACGAUCGCAAAGACAACCGUCCGUAUGGCAACGGCGUCUCACAUGCACCAUCACGACGAGACAUGGACGAGAUGGAGUUGGACCCUGAUGUACCGGUCGAAGAAGAUGAAAUGGAGGCACUGAUGCGCAAGAGCAUGGGUUUUACGAGGUUCAGGAGCACGAAGAAUACAAAAGUGCCUGGAAACAACGUCUACGGUGUGCGGAAAGAAAAGAAGACUGUGUACAGACAAUACAUGAAUCGUGUAGGAGGAUUCAACCGGCCCCUCAGUCCUUGA